CGUUGUUUACCGACGUAAACCCGUUGUUUACAAAAUUCCAUCGGCUGCGGUAUGUAAUUUUCGGUCCGGUAUUGCUCUUUUCUUUUUCGUCACACAAAGCACCGGUGCGGUACUGUGGCCUACAAAUGGUUGAAAGCAAUGCUUAAACGUUCACCGUGUUGCUGUCGUUGGUAGUGUUCGUUCCUCCGGGUGGCGUUUUGAGCGUUGGUGCGAGUUGGAAUUUCAUUUGCGGGCAAGGUGGCAAGGUUUCGAGCGCUGCCUCUCACCAAGGGUAAUUGAAUGUUUCCACUAUUAGCUAGUAAUCGCCUAGAUUGUGUUCAAUAGUGCUGACACGGGAAAAUACGGGUGGUGCGACAAAUAGCCGAAGCAAAUACAAAAGUGUUCUUAUCGAAGGCAGCCCUAUAACCGGUACAUCAUCAUCAUGAGCGGCGAACCAGAAAAGGCAAUGAAGAAGCAGAAAACGUGCCUUCAGGUGGCGACGAACGUGACAGAACAAAAGCACAAUGUGUCACGGGAAGUACGCGGCCAAAAUCUGGGACUGUGUCGUGGCUUCCGCGGCUGUACGGUGUGGCUGACGGGUUUGAGCGGCGCCGGUAAGACGUCGAUCGCGUUCGAGCUUGAAGCGUUUCUCGUCUCCAAGGGCAUCCCUGCGUAUGGGCUCGACGGCGACAACAUUCGUACCGGGUUGAAUAAAAACCUUGGCUUCUCCCAGGUGGAGCGCGAGGAAAACAUAAGACGCGUGGCGGAAGUGGCCAAGCUGUUUGCUGACAGCGGCGUCGUGUCGAUCUGCAGCUUCGUUUCACCGUUCGCCGAAGAUCGUGAGAUGGCGCGCAAAAUCCACAAGGAUGCCGAUUUGAAGUUCUUCGAGAUCUACAUCGAUACGCCGCUGGAGGUGUGUGAAACGCGCGACACCAAGGGUCUGUACAAGAAGGCGCGCCAGGGCGUUAUCCAGGGUUUUACGGGCGUGACGCAAGCGUACGAAGCACCGGACGCACCCGAUCUGCGCGUCAGCACCGAAGGCAUGACGGUGCGUGAAUCGACGCUGCGACUGAUUAAGCUGCUCGAGGAUGAGGCGAUCAUACCGAAGUUCAUCAAGGAGGACGAACCACUGCCGGAGUUGUACGUGGCGGCGAGUUUGAAGGAGGCGCUCGAGUCGGAAGCGAAAACGUUGCCCUCGCUGUCGAUUACCGAGGUUGAGCUGCAAUGGCUCCAGAUACUGGCCGAAGGGUGGGCCUAUCCGUUGAAGGGUUUCAUGCGCGAACAGGAAUACCUACAGGCGUUGCACUUCAACUGUCUGCUGAACGAGGAUGAAACGCUGCGAGUCAAUCAAUCGGUCCCGAUAGUGCUCUCCGUUAGUGAGGCCGAUAAGCAACGUUUCGAAGGGGUCAGUGCUCUUGCGCUGCAAUACAACGACCGUGUGGUGGCGGUUCUACGCAAGCCGGAAUUUUAUUUCCAGCGCAAGGAGGAACGGUGUGCCCGGCAAUUCGGUACUACCAACCGUGAUCAUCCAUACAUUAAGAUGAUCCUCGAGUCGGGCGACUAUCUGGUCGGGGGCGAGAUCGAGGUGCUGGAGCGCAUCCAGUGGAAAGACGGGCUGGACGCUUAUCGACUAACGCCGAACGAGCUGCGGCAGAAGUUCCGCGAGAUAAAAGCUGACGCCGUGUUUGCCUUCCAGUUGCGCAAUCCCAUCCACAAUGGGCAUGCACUGCUGAUGAGUGACUGUCGGCGGCAGCUGUUGGAGCGUGGCUUCAAAAAUCCAGUACUGCUGUUGCAUCCGCUUGGUGGUUGGACGAAGGAUGACGAUGUACCACUGCCGGUGCGUAUGGCUCAGCAUCAGGCGGUGCUGGAUUCGGGAGUCCUCGACCGUGACCACACUGUGCUGGCCAUUUUUCCCUCGCCCAUGAUGUAUGCUGGUCCAACGGAAGUACAGUGGCAUGCUAAGGCUCGAAUGAAUGCUGGCGCCAAUCACUACAUCGUAGGGCGUGACCCCGCAGGUAUGCCCCACCCGGACAAGGACCUCUAUCCUGAUGGAAAUUUGUACGACGGCACGCAUGGUUCACGGGUACUCAAGAUGGCACCGGGAUUGGAUAGUAUAGAGAUUCUGCCGUUCCGUGUUGCGGCUUACGAUAAAUCCUGCUCGCAGAUGGCUUUCUUCGACCCGGCACGCAAACAGGACUUUGAUUUCAUUUCCGGCACCAGAAUGCGAACACUGGCGCGCAAUGGAGAAAAUCCUCCGAAUGGAUUCAUGGAACCGAAGGCCUGGCAGAUUCUAUCGGAAUAUUAUCAAUCACUGCAAAAGCCACAAUAGGCCGAGAUGUUUGCCGUACUACGGACCGGGUAGGAGAGAGGACGGUGGUUCAUCAAUUGUUUUAAACCGUCGCCAAAUGCGUUAGGCAAACUUUCUCUGCAUAACACAUUGAGUGAUUUUUGUUUCUCAUUUUAAUUGUUUGUUUUAACGAUUUAACGCGAGCUUUGCUUUGCAAAAGCACCGAAGCAUUUGAAAUUACCAUUGUAGGACUAAUAAACGGCCUGUAUCGGAACGGUACGGUGUAUUGGCAGUGAUUACUACUACUAACAAAA